CCUGUGGAGCUGGAGAGACGUGGAGCGAACCCGUGUCACAGAGCAGGAGGGGAGGGAGUUGACUUUUGCUAGGAGUGAGAAAGCCAGGUUGUCUCACAGUGCCAGACUGUCCUCUUGGUUUUUUUGGAGGUUUAGGUGACAAGUUUGGCCCGUGGCAUAAGGCCAUGAAUAUAUAUAGUGUAACACUCAAUGGACCUGCACCCUGGGGUUUUCGACUUCAGGGAGGCAAAGACUUCAACAUGCCCCUGACUGUGUCCAGGCUGACCCCAGGCGGCAAGGCGGCCCAGGCCGGAGUGGGUGUGGGAGAUUGGGUAGUGUCCAUUGGUGAUGCCAACGCAGAGGAUUUGACCCACGUGGAGGCACAGAACAAGAUCAGAGCUGCGACGAAUUCCCUCGCUCUCUCUUUGAGCAGAGCUUAUAAUCCAACCAUUGGAGAGCAGAAGGAUACGCUCACGCCUGCAUCCAGUCAACCCAAGUACUCGUUCGCACCUAGCACAGCCAUAAACAAAAUGGCACGGCCGUUCUCCGCACCUACCGGCAACGGCGGCAAAGGACCCAUCAUCAAGCCGGUGUCGUACGCCCCCAAGCUUAACUCCAGCUCGCAGGUGCCGAGCAGCAAUGGUCACGGUGUAUCCUCCUGUCCUGCCAAGACCAAACCUGCAGACAAACCUGAUGGAGUUCAAGCACCAGCUAAAGCGCCACCAAGUUCCGGUCCAUCCUGUCGGCCCCCGUGGGUAACGGACCCCGGUUUCGCCGACCGCUAUCACCCGGACAAGACCAGCACCACCGUGACGCAGCAUAAGCAGCCUGUCCAACCCACGCCCAUGCAGAACCGCAGCUCCAUCCUGCAGGCGGCCCAGCAGUGCCCAGCCGAAACCAGCGGACGGACGCCGCUUUGCACCGCGUGCAACAAGAUCAUUAGGGGACGCUACGUGGUGGCGCUGGGUCGUUCCUGGCACCCAGAGGAGUUUGCUUGCUGUCAGUGUAAAAGGCUCUUGGAUGAGGGGGGCUUCUUUGAGGAAAAAGGCUCCAUUUAUUGUACCAAGUGCUACGACAACCGUUAUUCACCCAACUGUGCCAAAUGCAAGAAGAAGAUAACUGGGGAGAUCAUGCAUGCCCUGAAGAUGACCUACCACGUCCAGUGCUUCCUGUGCGCUGCCUGCAAAAUGCCCAUCAGGAACGAGGCCUUCUACAUGGAGGAGGGAGAGCCCUACUGUGAGAGAGACUAUGAAAAGAUGUUUGGUACCAAAUGCCACGGCUGUGACUUCAAGAUUGAUGCAGGCGACCGUUUCCUCGAGGCGUUGGGUUAUAGCUGGCAUGACACUUGCUUUGUCUGCGCUGUCUGCAAUUCAAAUCUGGAGGGAAAGACGUUCUUUUCGAAGAAGGACAAGCCACUGUGUAAAAGCCACGCCUUCUCCCCAGUGUGAGGCUCCGCCUUUAUUUAUCAGUGAGGGGGGCAACAGGAGGUGCUCAACAAGACCAAAUACUUUACUUGAAGCCUGUAAUGUUUGACUGACUGACAAAGUGAUGGAUAAUGUAGCUACUCUGGCUGUUAACAGCUUCGAUCAGCAUUUACAAAUUCACCACAGCACAGACUCGAACGCUUGCUUAGACUGGCCUCGGUUUAGCGGUCACAUUGCCAGUCGUUCAACUGGAAUGAGUAGCUUUUGAACUGUUAAAACCACCAAUGCCAGAGAGAUGUCAGCACGAGUAACAAGGUAUUUUCAUGAAGUAUUUAGCUGUUCCUCCUUCCUCGCUCCUUUCUUCUUGGUUCUUGUGAUAUUUAUGUUGCUCCGUAAACAGCUGAAAUACAAAGACCAUUGCACAUUCCACAGUCUACACUUAUAUGGCUCACCUUUUUUACCAUGUUCACUUACUAGAGAUUGUUUUUUUUUUUACAUGUGGGUGGUGUGAAUCUCACAGAUUCAAGCAUGUCUGGGUCAUCAAAAUAAAGAUGUUUUAAAGUCAGCGCAAUAAGAUUUUUUGCAUUGUCGCUCAUUUCGCCUCAGUUCUCAUUAAUGUAAUGCAUAUAAACUCACUGCCAUUACAGUGAUACAAAAUCUGAUUUAAAAGCCCAUUUUUACAAGAUGUAAUAGAAGUCGCAGAUAUGUCUGUGAAGUUUUAGCUCAAAAUACCCCAUAGAUAAUUUAUUAUAGCAUGUCCAAAAUGCCCCUAUUUGGGUGGGAGCAAAAACGCAACGUUUUGUGUGUGUGCCUUUAAAUGCAAAUGAGCUGUUGUUCUUUCUAAAGAGAUACUUUGGUUAAAAUAGAUCUAAUUUUGCAAAAAAGCAUGGAAAAAUAACAAACAGCGUCCAACUUGCUGAAGGCAGAAACUAUGGUAAUACAAGACUGUCAGUCAGAGGCCGUGGGCGGGGCUUUAGCAGUGUGACAUCACAUUGCAAAGAGAAUCAAAACAGCAUGUCUAAAGGGCGAUUUAUAGUCGUGCGUGGGUUCUACGGCGUAGCUACGGCGUAGGCUAUCCGUAGCCUGUGCGUAGCUCUGCGUAGCCUGACACGCACCUCACAAAAUUUCUAACAGCGCGUCGGCUCUACGCGGACCGUAAGCGCUGUGAUUGGUCCACCAGAACCCCUCCCGUCAGGUAAAAAAACUGCGUCAUAGGUAUUUCCGUUUGAGACGGUGAAAACAAAGAUGAGCCAAGUUGAGGAGUGAUUUAACUCAAACUGAAACAUAAGUCGCUGUUUAUUUACUUCCAUCAUUGCUGGUCUUCUCAAAUUAUACACAAGUUGCUAUUUCUUCUUCAUUUGUGGGUUUACUUGCUAAGCUUCUUCUUCUGUGACGACUUCUGCUGCUACUGUGGUUACACGCGUGAUUACUGCCAACCAGCGGUUUCGCGUGUGUUUGCACGUCGACGCGGAGGGCGACGCACAAGUAUAAAUGAAAACCGACGCGGAACCUACGCCGUCGCUGCUACGCCGUAGGACCUACGCACGACUAUAAAUCGCCCUUAAUGCUUUGGUUUAAUGGGGAUAAAAAAGAAGGGGUCAAUAUACAGUACGGUGCAAAAGUCUUCGACCACCACCACCUAGUGAUGGGCGAUUUUGAAGUACGCUUCAUGAGGCUUCAAACAUUUACGAAUCUUUUGUUUCGAAUCAUUGGUUCGGAGCUUGUUUCAAACUGGCCAAAGUCACGUGAUUUUAGCAAACGAGGCUUUAUUACGUCAUAACUGUUUCGAAAAUCUGACGAUUCACCACUAGGGGGAGUUGAUCACAAAUGACCAGUGUAGGUGACUCGGGUUAGUUUUAUUAUAAAAGUUCAUAAAACGUUCAUCCUUCUGACUAAUAACACUACCAUUUUGUCUACUUUUUGUUUAUAGACAGAUUUAAUGACAAAAAUUUGCAUAAUUAAAAAGGGAGUUCAUUUUAAUGAUUUGUUUGUCAUAAAUACAACUAAAAAUACAGAAUACACUUUUUAUGUCUUAAUUAAAUUAAUUUUUCUUAAAAACAUAUUUUUAGAACAAUCUUGCUAUGAUUUUGUAAAAAGUGUAAAAUGUUUGGACAGAUCUUGCUGCUUUUACACUAUUUUGACCAGCAGGUGUCAUCAUCGUGUAUGGUGUUUCGAACGCUUCAAAAACUGAAUCAAUUUGCCAAGCAAUUGGUUAAAUUGAUUCGAACCUUCGAAAAACUUCGUUUCUCCCAUCACUACCACCACCACACUGCAAAAAAUGAUUUUCAAGAAAAAAAUGUUCUUAGUAUUUGUGUCUUGUUUUCAGUAAAAAUAUCUACAAAUUUUUAAAUGAAGGUGCUUUUUCUUGAUGAGAAAAUAAGUCUAUUUUUUAGACCAAAAAUAUCACAUUUAAGUGAUUUUGUGCAUAAAACAACAAAAAAAAUCUGCCAAUGGGGUAAGCAAAAAAUCUUGAUUUUUUUUAAUUUAGUUUAAGAAAAAUAGAGUUUUUGCUUACCCCAUUGGCAGUUUUUUUUUGCUUGUUUUAUGCACAAAAUUUGAUAUUUUUGGUCUAGAAACUAGACUUAUUUUCUUGGGUCGUUUUUCUCAUCAAGAAAAAGAAUCCUAAUGUAAGAAUUUUUAGAUAUUUUUACUGAAAACAAGACAAAAAUAUUAAGAAUUUAUUUUCUUGAAAAUCUUUUUUUGCAGUGCAGCCUUGUUGUUUUAGAUUAAAAAAUAAAUAUGGAUGGACAUUAAAACUUCUAUUUUAUUAAGAAACAAACAGGAAAUAUGUAAAAAAAAAUAAAAAUAAAACAUUUUCAAGAAUAAAUGUUUUCUUUAGGCAUCGUCAGUGUUUAUGUGACCUCUUUUGGCACUAAACAGAUCCUGAGCAAAAUGAAGUAAAAAUUUCUUUAAAAUUACAAAUAAGGAUUUAAUUUUAUUUAUGUUUAAGAGAUCCUGCAGUUUCCUGCUAUUGCUCAAGUGGAAGUGGAGUUUACCCUAAAAUCCCAUCACAUCAGUUUACACUUUUAUACAGUUUUUAAUACUAUAUAUACAUUUUCUGUAUUUUCUGGAUGUAUUCUAUUAAAAAGACUGAAAAAUAAUUAUAUAUGAUCACAAGUUUGCAAAAACAACAAAUCUAAUUCUGGCAUGGUGACCUAAGACUUUUGCACAGUACUGUAUGUUUUUUUCAUUGUAGGCCAACACACAUUAUGUCCAAACACCUUGUAAAAAUUGAAUAAAUAGCUUUUUUACUGUUACAGUAUUAAAUGCAUUACAUUAAUGAGAAACACCAUUGAGAGUAAAAUGCAUUUCUGUUUGAAAAAAGUGAUUUUGUGGAUUUAUUGUCAUCAAUAUGAAUAUAUUUAUGUUUUUUUGGUCUUUUUGAUUGUUGCAUAAUGUGUCAAUUUUUCAAGUUUCAUCCAUCAUUCUCACAGUUGUCAACUUAUGUUCUCUCCUUUGUAACGAAUCAGGGCGAUGCAUUUUCCAUGUAAUGUCCAAAGCAAUCUUUUACUCUGAUCCAUACAAUGUGUAUUGUAGGGUAAAGCAUUGAGCAUACAAUCUACUCAGACACGAUCUUAAAGUGUCCCCUCAAUCCUCUAGAUGCUCCGUAGCCUACUUUCUGUUCUGGCUGAUUUGCUGUGCCGGGGUACUUAAGGUAAUGGCAAACCACAGUGGAAUAAAAUGCUCCUGGCAGCUCGACUGAAAUACAUUAGCACUGAUUGCAGGCUUUUCAGCAUGACCCAACCAAUGGUCUCUACAUGACUUCAAUACUAAACAUGCUACAUUUAUCUGAUCUAAUCAGACAGGUAGUUCUAAUUAAAGCUGCGGUCCGUAACCCUUUUCAGUUAAAAAUAAACAAAGAUCAGUUAAAGGGAUAGUUCACCCCAAAAAUGCUCAUGUUGUUACAAAUCUAUAUACAUUUAUUUGUUACAUUAAUUAAAGAUUGCAGCUUUAAAAUAGACCUACUGUAUGAAACUAUUAAAACAUUACAAACAAACAAAUCUGCAGCGUUAUGGUCACAAACUUAUUUUGUUGUUUAAAAAAGAGUUUUAGGGAUUCUGCUAGUAGGUGAUUAAUUUCCAAAGAAAGUCCUGUUUCUAGCUGAAAUGUUUAAAAUGGACUUUACUUAAGUACAACGGUGUAUAGAUAAAGUCUUCAGAGACAUUGUGCACCAGAUUAUUUCCAGGACAUAAUUCCCAUCGUGUCCUUAUCGCAAUCUCCUGUUCCAGAAUCGGAAGAAAUGCUACAAUCCAAUAUCCUGAGCGAAUUGCUAAGAUUUUGUACUUUUUGUAUUGAUAAUGUUUUAUGUACCAAGUGCCUUUUUUAACAGUUUUGCAACUUGUAACUAUUAUGUGUGUCGGUGAACUGCUGUAUUCUUGUGCGUAUUAUAGAGAGGUUCCUAUGUGAAGAUGCAUAUCAUUUAUAACAGAAUUUAGCCAUUUAGUCAAUAAAUCACCUGCAGUGAC